AUGAACGAGAUAGAGGCGCAAGCAGUGGAGCAGUUACGACGAGAGAACAGCGACCUUCUGUCAGCGAAGUAUGGGCGCGAUUACAAUCUGUUGCGAUGGGCUCAGGGAUACGAAUUUGAUCUCGAAGAAGCGUCGACACAACUACGGCGCCAUUUGAAGUUUAGGAAAUUCUAUGAUCUUGACAAUGCGGAUAAGAUCCCUGAGCAUGACAUACUAAAGAAGUACUUUCCGAUUGGACUAGUCGGCGAAACUGGUAAGGAGAACACUUUGCUGGUGAUAGAGUGCGCCGGUCGCAUAGAUUUUGCCGGAAUUCUGAAGUCUGUCCAGAUGUCCGAUUUUCUCGUUCAGAGAUUCCGCCUUCAAGAGAAAAUGCUUGCAGCUAUGAACCACCUCGAAGAAAAAAACAAUAAACAGGCAUCGGUGGUUUAUAUCUUAGACCUCGAAGGACUCAAAUUUGAUGCGUCCUUGCUUAGUAUCGUCACAGGUAUGACGAAUUGCUAUAGACGUAUUUCCUCUUAUAAAACAAAACAACUUGAAUAG